AGGCAUUUCAUUGUUUGAGCGGCAGGGCAGGAUUUUCGGACGGGCGUCUUCGAACACGCCUAGACGAAAAGCCUGGGAGCUUCGUUCGAUCUCUUCUCUUGCCGCCGGAAGCUACUAAUCGCUAGCGAAGAUGAGGGAGUGUAUCUCGAUCCACAUCGGUCAGGCCGGAAUCCAGGUCGGCAAUGCGUGCUGGGAGCUCUACUGCCUCGAGCAUGGCAUCCAGCCGGAUGGCCAGAUGCCAAGCGAUAAGACGGUUGGCGGCGGAGACGAUGCUUUCAACACCUUCUUUAGCGAGACUGGUGCCGGCAAGCACGUCCCCCGCGCCGUGUUCGUGGAUCUGGAGCCGACGGUCAUCGAUGAGGUUCGCACUGGUACCUACAGGCAGCUCUUCCACCCGGAGCAGCUCAUCAGUGGCAAGGAAGACGCUGCGAAUAACUUCGCUCGUGGUCACUACACCAUUGGAAAGGAGAUCGUAGAUCUUUGCCUGGAUCGCAUCCGGAAGCUGGCCGAUAACUGCACUGGGCUCCAGGGAUUCCUGGUCUUCCACGCCGUGGGCGGUGGAACGGGAUCCGGCCUGGGCUCGCUGCUGCUGGAGCGCCUGUCGGUGGACUACGGGAAGAAAUCCAAGCUCGGUUUCACCGUCUACCCGUCACCCCAGGUCUCGACCUCGGUGGUGGAGCCUUACAACAGCGUGUUGUCCACACACUCGCUUCUGGAGCACACCGACGUCGCCGUGCUGCUGGACAACGAAGCUAUCUACGACAUCUGCCGCCGAUCGCUGGACAUCGAGCGCCCGACGUACACCAACUUGAACAGGCUCGUCUCUCAGGUGAUCUCGUCGCUCACGGCAUCCCUGCGCUUUGAUGGAGCUCUCAACGUGGACGUGACCGAGUUCCAGACCAACCUCGUCCCCUACCCGCGCAUCCACUUCAUGCUCUCGUCCUACGCGCCGGUCAUCUCCGCCGAGAAGGCCUACCACGAGCAGCUGUCGGUGGCCGAGAUCACCAACAGCGCGUUCGAGCCGUCGUCGAUGAUGGCCAAGUGCGACCCGCGCCACGGCAAGUACAUGGCGUGCUGCCUCAUGUACCGCGGCGACGUGGUUCCAAAGGACGUGAACGCGGCGGUGGCCACCAUCAAGACCAAGAGGACCAUCCAGUUCGUGGACUGGUGCCCGACGGGAUUCAAGUGUGGGAUCAACUACCAGCCGCCGACGGUGGUUCCAGGAGGAGAUCUGGCCAAGGUCCAGCGCGCGGUGUGCAUGAUCUCGAACUCCACCAGCGUCGCCGAGGUGUUCUCCCGGAUCGACCACAAGUUUGAUCUCAUGUACGCCAAGCGCGCGUUCGUGCACUGGUACGUGGGUGAGGGGAUGGAGGAGGGGGAGUUCUCCGAGGCCCGCGAAGAUCUGGCAGCGCUCGAGAAGGAUUACGAGGAGGUCGGGGCCGAGUCCGCGGACGAUGCCGACGAUGGCGAGGAGUACUGAAAGAAAAACUCGGGGAAAAAAAGUGUGGCUUUUAAAAAAUAAAGAUGUGUGACAACGAAGUAAAGAAGUAAAGUUAAUUUGACCUAA